AUGAAAGCAGAAAAAGAUCCUUUUAAUAUCAGUACUGAUGCUAGACAAGAAAAUGAUGUGAUAGACGAUAAUGAAAUGCAAGAAAACGUCGAAUUUUAUUUAAUGAAUCCAACGAAAGAAAAUACCAACUAUGGAAUUUCUGAGGCUUCUGAGGUAAAGCUUGAAAUGAAUGGUUAUAAAAAUUAUGUCCCUGUUCCAGAUUACAUUCAAAAAUAUUUCGACGAUAAUUGUGAAAACGUCGAUAAAAAUGAAAGACAAAAUGCCGAAUCUCCAAAAUAUGUGUUCGGAGGAGGAAUUAAAAAUGUGGACGACAUUUCUGGGGGACUUGGUCCUUUUGGAACACCCGCCUCUUGCAUGAAGAAACAAUAUGUUGAUAAAGUAAAGUUAAUGGUAAUGCUAAGAGAUAGCCUCAAUCAAUUUUUUAAAGAAAAUCGACAUGUAAAUGAUGAACAACGUAAAGAACUAAUUGUAUAUGGAUGGUUGCAAAUCGGGGUUGAGUUAAACUUGUAUGCAAUGGACUGGGUUGGUUCAGGAAUUUAUAGAUUUGGCAAGGUAGACAAAUGUUUGUUACCUGUUGAUGAAGACGACUCAAACAUAUUAGAUGAUGUAUAUUGUAUUUUAAUUUCAUUAGAGUCAAAAUUACUUGAGUCGGAAAAGGUCAUAAAAAAGAUAAUGCAAAAAAAUACAAAAAACAAAAGACGACGCAAUGAUACCGAAAAUAGUCCUAAUUUAAAUAAGAAUCGAACUCCAAAAUAG